AUGGCACUCCAAAUUCUGGCUACAGCAUGCCCGAUCCGGGAGGAUAAAGGGCGUACCAUGCUCCAGCUUCAUCAUUCGGACACGGAGGUCAACAGACUGCUCCAGAUAGUCUUCCUUACCCGUGCUUCACAAUACUGCUACCACGUGAACAAUCAGACCGGUGGGCCAUGGCAUUCGCCGGCGACGUAUGGUGCUGUUGGAGGGCCUGGUGGUGCGCCUGCUGCACCUGCUGAACCUGUUGAACCUGUUCUUUGA